AACUGGAGGCCCUUCGUCUCUCGUUCAACAUCUCAUCGAGUUUCAGUGCAGAAAAUAUGGUCAGAGGAACAGGCAAAUUCAAGGGUUACAGGCGUGGUGGGGGGAGGAACUUCAGUAAGCAUCUAAACGCAGACGGGACCACUGUCUCGACAGACGAUUGGAAAAAGAGGAGAGAUUUGGACGAACAUGAUGAUGAUUCCGAUGAGGAUGCGGAUGAGGAUGAGGAUGAAGAGGCGUCGUCUGAAGAAGAUGAAGAGGACGAAGAUGGAGAUGGAAAUGAGCAAGGAGGGUCAAGCAUUCAACAACAGGAACUCAGCCGCGAGGAGAGGCGCGCUCUGAAAGCCCAAGAAAAGCUCAAGAAACAACAGAAACAAGAUGCGGACGAGGAAGAAGAUCCAGACCUUAUCAAUCCGAACCACGUCCAAAGGAAGCUUAAUAUAUCGGACAUCGGUGCCUCUCAGCAGCUCACUCGUAGAGAGAGGGAGGUCAAGGAGAAACAGGAAGCCAAGGAUCGGUAUUGGAAGCUCCAUGCCGCUGGCAAGACUGCCGAGGCGAAGGCGGACCUCACUCGUCUCCAGAAGAUCAGAGAAGAACGAGAGGCUGCUCAGGCAAAGCGCAAGGCUGAGGCUGAAGCCAAGGCAGCUGAGAUAGAGGCAAAGAAGAAAGCAGCCGCUGCAGGGAAGCGCAUUUGAGACGAUCCUACGGCAAUUGUUAUUCCAGCUUUAUUGUAUUUUUUUUCUCGUCCCGUAGAAACACAAACGAAACGCAAGAGUAGAUGUAGGAUUUUAUAUCACAGUGCAAGGUUCUGUCCGAUGCAGGAUCGUGUGAUCGGAC